UUUUGCAUAUCCUGUUUCUCUGACUCACAUUAUGUCGGCAGUUAUUGGCACAGGAGGCUAGCCGAGCUGCUCAGCAUAGAUGCUCAGAGUGCUGCACAAAACUAAAAGCAAGAAGAGAUAAAGGCUGAUAUCCGGUGAUGGACGGGUUUGCAGGGGACACGCUGAGCGGUGGCCGGGCUCUGCUGCCUGAGGACAGCUCGGUCAUGGCUCGCAUGCAGAAGAAGUUCUGGAAGACCAAGCAGGUCCUCAUCAAAGCCACGGGCAAGAAGGAGGACGAGUACGUGGUGGCCUCAGACGCUGACCUGGAUGCCAAGCUUGAGUUUUUCCGCUCUGUUCAGUACACGUGCACAGAGCUGCUGAAGGUCAUCGAGAAGUACCAGCACAGGAUCACACGCUUGUCUCAGGAGGAGAACGAGCUCGGCCUGUUCCUGCGCUUCCAGGCAGAACACGAUCGCACAAAGGCCGGCAACAUGAUGGACGCCACCAGCAAGGCCCUGUGCACCUCGGCCAAGCAGAGGAUGGCACUUUGCCCGCCACUGCGGCGUUUGCACCAGGAAGUGGAGACGUUCAGGCGGCGAGCCAUCGCUGACACGCUGCUGACAGUCAGUCGUAUGGAGAAGGCUCGCACCGAGUACAGAGGAGCUCUGCUCUGGAUGAAAGAUGUCUCCCAGGAACUGGACCCAGACACCUACAAACAGCUGGAAAAGUUCCGCAAGGUCCAAACCCAGGUCAGAGGGACAAAGAGCCAGUUUGAGAAGCUGAAGAACGAUGUGUGUCAGAAGGUUGACAUGCUGGGAGCAAGCCGCUGCAACAUGCUUUCCCACUCCCUCUGUACCUACCAGACCACUCUGCUGCACUUCUGGGAGAAGACGGCCCACACCAUGUCGGGAAUCCAUGAGGCCUUUCAGGGACACGUACCAUACCAAUUCACCACACUCAAGGACCUGCGUGAUCCAUUGGAGGAAAUAAGAGACACACAAAAACAAGAGAAUAAGAAGGAGAAGGCUCUACAGAGCAACACAGACAAUCUGGUGUCCUUGGAUGACGACAAGCCAUCAGGAAGUGCCUCUGGUGCAGACCCCACCCACAGCAGUGAUGGACAGAGCCAAACCAGUGACAGUGUGCACCAAAACACCACCCCGCCUAUCUCAGCCCUGCACAACCUCCAAGGACUGUCGGCGGACUCUCAUGAUGACCUGAUGCUCAUGGCCUGUAAUCUGCCACAGUUGCAGCUCCCACCUCCAGCGAAUGUCCCUCUCCAGCCCCAGCUCCUGCCUCCUGCUCAGGGCGGAGACCCGAAUGAGCUCUGGGGCUUUAGAAGCCUCCAGUCCCUGCUGCCUGCCACCGGUGGGGCUCUGCUCUCAGGUGGUCCACCCCACCCUGCUGGGACAGGGCUGAGACCGGAAGAGGAAGAUGGCGAACGGGGGGACAUGGCUUUUCUAAAAGACCUCCUCAGCCCAGACGGGGGGGCCAGCGACGAGUUCAGCAGAGAGUGGCAGGAUGCUUUUGGGCUGUUUGAGCCUCCCAGCAGUCCUCCACCGAGCACGGGAGCAGCAAGUAGUGGACCGUUGGCAGCACGUCUGCCCUCAAACCCCCCCAGCCCCACAGGCUUCCUGCCCUCCCAUCUGCUGGAUCACAGUCUGAGCUCUACAGGCUGGGCAACUCCACCUAUGUUCCAAGCUCCGCCCCUGCAACCUCCUCCUGGUCAGAACCAAUCAGCUCAGCCGGCUCCAAGUUCAGCACCAAAUGCUACUCCAGGUGGAUCCAAAGACAUGUCUGCCUGGUUCAACCUGUUCGCAGACCUUGACCCCCUCUCCAACCCCGACGCCAUUGGACGCUCCCCGGAUGAGCUGCUCAACGCCUGAAGAGGUGUGUGUGUGUGUGUGUGUGUGUGUGUGUGUGUGUGUGUGUGUGUGUGUGUGUGUG